AUGGCGGCUGGUCGGGGCGCGCAACAGAGCGACACUGCCGAGGCCCGAGCACCGCUGCACGUCAAGUUACGAGAACAACAAAAUUUACUUUCUGCGCGCGGCCAUGGCGCGUAUCGUGCACGUUGCCGCCCAAAAUCAAUACUACGGGUGGCGUGCGCCGUCCCGCCGAUUUUCACUUCAGUCUCACAGAAGGCACCCCCAUUUACAUUCAUUUUCCUACCCGGUAACGCGCAACCAGUGCUCCGUAAGCCGAUCCUACAUUGUCGGAUUUACCCUUACGAUCUAUUUAUAGCACACUUUACGACCACCCCGAGCAGCCAGGCUACCAUUAAAAAAAGUACAAUAGAAACUUCAAUCCUUUCAACGGCAUCGGGAGUCUGUGUUUGUUCCAAUACUAUCGAGUUGCACUUGCGGGUGAAUAUCCCGAGGAGCGGUCAAAAUAGAUCGUUCAGGGUGUCCUGGAAUCUGUGGCCCGCAGGCCGCGACCACAUCAACCCUGUCUUUCUCAAGCUUCCGAAGUUCUUUCACCUCCAAUGUCAAUUACCUGAAAAGAAGUGGGUGGCUACAUUGUGUGUGUCGGUUUCCCUCGUGUCCCUACCGGCGGUGGCGCGUAGCUCAGCGGAGGCGUUGCGCAGAUUCAGCUCGGGGGACCUGCAAUCCGAGUGCGAUGAGGGCGAGGUGGACCCUUACACCGGCCGCCCGGCAACCACCAGCCAGCCCAAGCCGCAGAAUCAAAGGCCGGCCUCCCAGGUGACUGGUGGCAGUAUCGGCAGUGCCACCUCAGUGCCACCGGCGCCAAGUUCCGGUAGCGCUUCAGCUGGAGGGGACUUGUCUCUCAACCUUCGAGGCGGCUCGAGAGGCACAUCUGCACCGUCAUCACCAGCCAAGUCGAGAGAGUCGUUGCUGCAACGUGUACAAUCACUUACAGGAGCGGCGCGGGACCAAGGAGCCAAUUUAUUGGGGAGCGUGACAUCAGUUGCAUCAGUUGGUCGGGGGUACAAUCGAGACCGAUGUGUAACGUUGCUAGUGGUGGAUGAUCAAAACACCGACUGGUCCAAAUACUUUCGCGGCCGACGCUUACCUGGAGAAUGGGAUAUUCGCGUCGAGCAAGCAGAAUUUCGGGAGUUGACUGUGACGGCGAACUCCGACGGCACUAAUGUGUCGAUGGCGGUCUACCGCAGCGGAACUAAAGUAACACGCUGCUUCAAGCCAGAAUUCGUCUUGAUAAGACAGAACGUUCGUGAUGCUGGCGCGGAUCACCGAGCAUUACUUCUUGGUCUUAAGUUUGGGGGUGUGCCCUCCAUCAACAGCCUUAACUCGAUCUACCACUUCCAGGAUCGACCAUGGGUCUUCGGUCACUUGUUGCAACUACAGCGGCGCCUCGGCAGAGAAAAUUUUCCUCUGAUCGAACAAACCUACUACCACAAUCACACCGACAUGGUAAGCUUU